AUGACGUUUUCCUUUUCUUCGCCAACAUUAACGACAACCGAUAUUCUCGAUCGUACCUUGCAUAAGCAACAACAUCAAGCUGGCAUGACGGAUUUCCCAUCAGCUCUUGAAAAAUGGAUGAUGCAUGAUUCCCCUACUGACAUUCUUGAUUGUGAACUCCCAACCUCGCUUGUAAAGCAGGAUUAUGACGCAACACCUGCAUCUGGAUCGCCCACUUCACAAUACAAUGACGUGCUCAACGAUAUUUCACCCUUCAAUACACCGAGGCGACAACAUUACACAUUGGGCCUGGAUAGCAAUGACAUGAUGCAUCCAACAAGCUUGUUAACACCAAACGAAGCAGCCUACUUUGAGAUGUCAGAGUAUCUCGUACAUACUCCUGAGAGUGAACAAAAUGAUGAUGCUUCAUCGCCCACCAGCAUCGAGCAUUGCGUUUCGCAUUCAACCCGUGACAUGCAGCUCACCAAGUCUAUUACUGCUGCCAAUCAUGAUCAUGAAAAAGGACUUCAUAUUCGUGUGAUUGGUGCUCCUGACAAAUCGCGUGUGGAAACACAAACACGUCUAUGCAUCCAGUUGGUGACAGGUAGCGGAACCAAAGUGACCGAUUGGCCUUAUCUGAAACUCCCGGAAAGACUUCUUGCGCAUUCACGUCUGAAACGUGCUGCACAGCAUCAACAACAGCAAGAGCUGCAUGAUAAACAACGCGCACAGCCACUAUCGUCUUCAACGUCAAAACAUUCAUCCCCUUCACAAAACAAUGACGACAACGUGGAAAAGGAUGCACUUCAUCUUGAUGCAAAGGUUGUAUGUGCUAGUCAGCCUGAUGUGGCUGUGAAGGUGUGUCAAGGUUGUAUCCAACGGGAGCGAAAACGAGCCGAGCGAUCAAAAACAAGCGAGUACAACCGAAUCUUGGAAGAAUUUCCAGAACAAGAUCGUAUCUUACUUUUCAAUUGUGGGCCCAUGGUUAGCUUCAGCUCUGGAGAUGCCAUCCUUCCCACUCGCAUUGCUUGUUAUUGCCGCCAUCAUAGCGAAAAGAAAGGCUUUUGCGUGGAAUUUACGAUUCGUAACAGCAAAGGACAAGAGAUUGCAAAAGGUUCCUCACCACCGAUUCUUAUCACCGACGAUCACAAGAGUACUCGGCAUAAAGGUCGGAAACGUAGCCGAGCCAGCAUGGUGGCCGAUACAACAACAUCAUCAUCCACCGAUGACUUAUCAGACAAGGGUACUUUUACGCCUCCUACUUGCAUUACACCACGUCGCAUUAGCCAUGGUGGUGGAUCAUCAUCGUCAUCAUCGCCAUCAACGGCAUCAUCCGUCAAUAGCUUUUUUGAUUUCAUGGUGCCUGGAUCUUUACCCACGCCCAAUGGUGAUGAUGAAAAGAUAAAUCACCGCCACCACAGCAGCAGCAGCAACAGUCGUCGUACAUCAUGUUCUUUCUUUGGGGAUGUGUCACCAAUGACAACAACAACAACAAGCGGUAAAAGCCUCAUACCCACGUUGAUGGCAGCAAGGCACCACCACAGCAACCCACAAGUGGAUCGAUUGGUACCAUCCCAAGGCCCUAUUUAUGGUGGUGUAGAAGUGACGGUUCUGGGCAGUGGAUUCUAUCAAGGGUUGACAUGCUUUUUUGGUGAGCACGAAGCCGAGACUAUUUAUUGGAACCCCAACACGUUGGUUUGUGUGUUGCCGCCAAAUACACAGCCAGGGCCUGUUGUUGUUACUUUUAAAUCCCACUCGCUGGUUCUCGAAGGCCAUGAUGUACCGCUAUUCACCUAUCAUGAUGCUAAUGAGCAAGCCUUACUUGAGCUGGCACUUCAAGUGGUCGGCUUGAAAAUGACCGGCAAGCUGCAUGAUGCUAAGCACAUUGCAAUGAAAAUUGUUCAAGGGAGUGGCAACAAUAAUGGCAACGGGUCAUUGUUUUCUUCAUCAGCUGCUAUUUCUACUAGUCCCUUAUUGACGUCCUCAUGA